GGAAUUUCUCUCUCUCUCUCUUCUGUUUUUUGACAAGGAAUUUUUUUAUAUUCUCAGAAUUGGCCUACACCACAUAAAAUUGAAAGACGUCAAUCACCCUUCAUCCACCUCAACCGCUCUCAAUAUAUGUCAAACAUGCACCAUCAAGAAAGCAACAGAGUGAGCAAACAAAGCAGCACAAAACAUGAAGAGAGCAGAGCUGGUUUUCGUUCCCACACCGGCCGUUGGCCAUCUUGUAUCAGCAAUAGAGUUUUCGAAACGAUUAUUGGACGUCUGUGAUCGAUUCUCAAUCACAAUCCUCGUCAUGAAACCGCCAUUUGAACCCUCUGCUACUCUGAACUCAAACACCAGCACACAAUCGCUUGCUGCCUCCCACGGCCACAUCAAAAUCAUAGACCUUCCCACUGUGAACCGCCCACUUGAGUUUCUUCAACAGUCUCUGGAAAAAUACAUCACAGUCUACAUAGAGGGCUACAAGAACCAUGUGAGAGAAGCCAUAGCCAGCCAUGUCUUGCCCAGUUGCUCUGUUUCUGGUUUAGUGGUUGAUAUGUUCUGCACCACCAUGAUUGACGUGGCCAACGAACUCAAGGUUCCAUCAUUUCUGUUCUUCACUUCUGGUGCUGGCUUUCUCGGCUUCCUGCUCCACCUUUCGAGCCGCUACGACCGAGUCGACACGGUGUUUAAAGAAUCGGACUCCGAGUCAGUGGUACCGAGUUAUGUCAACCCUGUUCCUUCAAGCGUAAUUCCUUCAUUUGCUUUCAGCAGCGAAGGGUACAUUUCCUUCGCAAACCAUGCCAGGAGGUUCAAGGAAACGAAGGGUAUAAUCAUCAACACAUUUGUUGAGCUCGAAUCCCAUGCGGUUGGCUCACUUUCGGAUGGUGAAACCCCUCCUGUUUACACAGUGGGGCCCCUGAUUGGCGAGCAUCCUGCGCAGCAUUCUGAUCAUCAGAGCAAAUUUGACAAAAUCAUGACGUGGCUUGACGAUCAGCCUUUAAGAUCAGUGGUGUUCCUCUGCUUUGGGAGCUCUGGGAGCUUUGAUGAGGCCCAGCUGAGAGAGAUUGCUAUUGGCUUAGAGCAGAGUAAGCAGAGGUUCGUGUGGUCCGUGCGCAAAGAUCCGCCCAAGGGCAAGUUUGUGGUGCCAGAGGAGCACACAAGUCACGAGGAGUUUCUGCCUCAAGGAUUCUUGGAGAGGACCAGUGGGGUCGGGAUUUUAUGUGGGUGGGCCCCACAGGUGGAGAUCCUGGCCCACAGGGCAGUGGGGGGCUUCGUGUCACACUGUGGUUGGAACUCAAUAAUGGAGAGCCUGUGGCAUGGGGUGCCUGUUGUGACUUGGCCUCUGUAUGCGGAGCAGCAGAUCAAUGCGUUUCAGAUGGUGAGGGACUUGGGGCUGGCUGUGGAGCUGAGAUUGACCUACAGAAAGGACGGUGUAGAUCAUUUUGUGGUGGCUGAUGAGAUUGAGAGGGCUGUGAGGUGUGUGAUGGACGGUAAUGAUGAGCUGAGGAAGAAGGUGCAGGAGAUGAGUGGAGCGUGUAGGAGGGCUGUUGGUGAUGGGGGGUCUUCAUCUGCUUCAUUUGAAAGCUUGAUUGAGGUUAUGUUGGCAAGUUUUAAUUAAAGCAGUUGAUUUUGUGUGCAGGGUCACAAUUUUAGUGCAGACUUUUAUGAAUGCAUGGUUUGCUUUGCUUGA